AUGCACACGAGAUCUCAGGGUACACCGCCUUUCGGAUUACUCUGUUAUCAAAGAAGGAAAGGGUCAGGAAGUUCAGCCGGGUUUGAAAUUCAACAGGAUUCGCCGAGUCCAAUCAGAGAUAACCCAUUGUUUGAGAAUAGUGACAGUGAUCUGGAAGCUGAGUCGAUGGCCGACAAUAAUAACAACAACGCUGUCCCACCACCCGUUGUGAGGUUUGGCGACACUCUUAGAUCGGGAAUUGAGUACCCCGGAGAACCCCCGAAUGUGGAACACAAUCUGAUCAAGAGGGUCUUAUUCCCAUUCUCUCUGAGGGAGAAAGCAAGAGCUUGGUAUGACUCUAUACCGGGCUACAACAUUGAAACAUUCCAAGAGUUGAAGACGUUGUUCCUCUUAGAAUAUAAUUCCCCGAUGAAGAUCGAGAAAUUGAGAGAAGAGAUCACUUCUUUCCAUCAAAAGUAUGAUGAGUCCUUUGCAGAAGCUUGGAAGAGAUUCACAGACCUGAUAAGGAAAUGCCCGAGCCAUGGUCUAGCUCCGGGGCAUGACCUUUUGAAAUUCUACAAGGGACUCAACAAUGAAGGCACGGGACUAGUUACUGCAGGCUCUAAUGGAAACCUGGAUGACUUAACGCAUGAGGAUGUGAGAGCCUUAUUCCAAAGGUUGGCUAACAAUCAACGGAACUGGCACAACCCAAGGAGAGCAGCAGAGAAAGGAGGAGACACAUUCGGUGCUACAAAGGAUGCAGAGAGAGUAUCUGCAAUUGAAGCUCAAUUGGCAGAUAUAAGCACCCAGAUGUCGUCGAUGACAAAGGCAGUGAAAUCGCUGCAACUGACUCCUCAACCCAAAGCAGUGGCAGUGAUGAGAUGUGGAUUGUGUCAAGGAGGGCAUCAUACUGAUCAAUGUUCUAGUCUUCAAGGACCACCAAUCGAGGAUGUGAACUACAUUGGCAACAAUUGCCAAGGGUUUAACCAAGGCAACCAAUACAGCAAUCAGCAGAAUUGGAGGCCUCAGCAAUCGAACUGGAAUCAAAGUGGUCCUAGCAACAACUCGGGGAACCAAUGGAGGACAAACACUCAACCCCCGGGUUAUGAGAAGAAGCCAUCGGUAGAAGAUCAAUUGGGACAGAUACUCUCCUUCAUGACCAAGAGUCAAAAGGAGAAUGAGAGCUUCAAAGAAAGGACGGUAGAGAAGUUUGGUCAGAUGGAGGCUACAUUGAGGAAUCUCGAGACUCAAAUUGGGCAGAUUGCUACAGCAUCUCACACAAGAAUCCCGAAUACCAUCCCAAGCAAUACGGUGCCUAAUCCUAAGGGCUAUGAGCAGUGCAAGGCAGUUAAGCUAAGAAGUGGUCGCGAGUUAGGUUCGACACCAUUAAUUGACGGCCAAGUUCAGGCUGCAUCUGGCAGCAAGAAGUAUGGUGAAGAAUCCGAUUCAAGUGGAAAAAUUCGAGUAGAGAAGGAUAUCCGCAAAAAGAUCCCGCUAAGUCCGGCAAUGGACCCGAAGUGUCCAUUUAAUUUUCCAGAUUUUAUCCCCCCGCCUCCUUUCCCAAUCGAGAAGAAGAAGACAAAGAAAAUAACUCAAGAGAAAGGACUCGAUUGGAUGAUGAGUAUCAUUAGGAAAGUCAGAGUAGAUGUGUCCUUAGUGGAUUUGUUCCUACACUUUCCUAAAUUCUCCAAGUUUUUUAAGGACCUUAUCGCAAAAAAGGAGAAGAUACAAGAGGAUGGUGUGGUGAGAUUGAGCGCAUUUUGCUCACAAUUGGUGAAGGGGAAGAUACCUGCGAAGAGACGAGACCCUGGGAGUUGUGUGAUCCCAUGUGAGAUGGGAGAUAAAAAGUUCCCAAAGUGCCUACUUGAUCAAGGCUCGGGAAUAUCAUUGAUGGCUCUGAAGACGGCGAGGUCAAUCGGUCUACAAGCGAGGAUUGAGUCAAUCGAUAUUGAGCUACAAUUGGCGGAUCACUCAAUUGUGAAGCCACUAGGGAUCAUCAAGGAUGUCUUGGUGAAGGUGGACAAGUUUGUACUCCCGGUCGACUUUAUUGUCCUAGAGAUGGAAGAGGACAAGGACAUGCCUAUCCUCUUUGGUAGGCCAUUCUUAGCGACCGGGGAUGUUGUGAUUAAGACCAAGACAAACACGGUGGUGUUUCGAGUAGAUGGUGAAGAGCUGGUGAUCAAGCAAGAGAAGGCGGGGAAGCGCCUAUUGGAGCCUGGAUAG